UAUUCGAAAAUAAAACUGCUCAGUUUUAUCAGUUUUGUUGUUUGUACUGCUCGUGAGUACUAUCGAGAUGCAGCGUACACGGAGUACGGAGUCCGAAGAAGAGUCCGACCAACUCUUCUGGAACUACAUGCACGGAUGCAUGGAUCUGGAUGUGGAAGAAGUUGAUUCUGGACAGAAUCAACUCACUCAAAAAUCUCCGCAGUUGAAAGUGUGUGAAGCAAUGACGCCUGUCCUGGGGAGAGGAAUCCUGAAAGCAGAAGGACUGCAAACUGAAGCUAAGAGCGGUACGGAUGCUGCAGACGUGGGUACUCUGAGUAAAGAGUACGAGGAGCAGUGUGAACGGUCCCAACGUUUGUCGGACGCGAAACUGCGCUCAGCGGGAGUGGGACGAGGCCGCAGUCGCAUAGGACCGUCUGAAAGCGGGAUGAAUCCAACGCCGAAUCCUGUGAAGCCGCCGAAGAACGUUACCCUCGUGGGAGUGUCUGGUACAAACACAGCGCCACGCAGUCGUUUUGCGAUCCUCAACAAGGAGAUAGAAAAGCAGUUCACUGCACCGACCGUCAAGGAACGCGAUGAGCACGGACUUGCUCAUCAGAAGACUGCAGCGCCUGUCCGAGUGGUUAACAACAUCUUGACCACAAAGACGCUGUUUAAGAAUGUGCGCGUGCUGGAUCGUAUGGAUCAGAUUACACUGAUCCGCGGUGGAUUGUCAGCGGUGAAGCAGGAGCUGAUGAAGCCUUCGAUGGGCGAAUAUGACCACCAGAACACUUCUCGCCCAUGCGUGCUGGGUCUGAUGCGAGACAUCAUGCUGGAACAGGCUGAUGAUGCACACGUGCUGCAGGAGUGCACGCAGCUGUUGGAGCGUGGCGCGUGGAAAGAUCUGCUUCUGAUUCUUCAGCAGCAUGUGCAGUUUCUGGAGUUGGUCCCGGAUACCAGAACCUUCAAGACAUCGGACGAUAUCUUGGCGGUGGCACAACCAGAGAUCCCACAGUUCCACGAGAUACAUGCCGAUCAGCAUGGAUACGGCAAGCUGGACAAGUGGCGCUGUGAAGUGAACGCCCUGAUUAUUGCGCGAAAGCUGCCAAACGGUAAAGGCUUUUCGAUGGGGAAAAUUCGUUCUUCAGCCACCUUUAUGCUGGAGGUAGUGCAGUUUGUCGUCGACCACAUGGAGGUAGCGGAAAUGACACCAGUACUGGUGCCAUUACCAGGAAAGCAGACCUUCUUCCAUCCGCGCCCGUCCGCUCUGCUUGUGGCUCAGCAGGCUAUAAACCAUGUUUAUGGUGCCGGAACGGAAUGGCGUGUUGGAGCGGAUACAGUGGUGCAGAACGACGUGCAGCGGUCAUUCGUAAAGGAGAAGGACCUGAUGUUUUCACGUGUGCGCAAGGCCGUUAAUGCGCUGUCCAAUGUGGAGAAGGACUUUCCCUGGUUUUGGCGCAUGCACUACGCGGUUGUGGAUUUGUCCGAGGCGUUAUCGGAGAAGUUCGGGAUUCAGAAGUUUGUCCCGCAGGAGUCCAGUGCACCGGUCAUUCGUGAUUAUUCAUCGUGGAUGAAUAUGCCGACCCCGUUGCAAGAGCCAGCUCGAUUGGCUCAUGCACUGAACUUGGUUCAGAUGGCGUGUGCUCGUACGGCACUGCAGGCGCACAAGGAUGCGGCUCACAUCCUUGCAGAGUGGGAUUUGCCAGAGCCUUCCAAUCUGAUUACUUACAGUAAAGAAAUUGCUGCAGCCAUUAAGAAACUGGAGCAGCAGGCGAAGAAUAACCCGGAACAAUACGCACGUAUUGUUCGUGCGGAGACGGAAUGGCGCAACUCUCUCCUGGCCCUGGACAACAUCGUGGAAUUGGACGUGGAGAAAACGGACAAAGUGGAUCAAGCGUAACAACGUGGAUUGGAUAAGAAGGACGUGAUCGCGUGGAGGAAUGGAUUUCCCUUUAGUUUGUAAGAAUAACAUGUUUCUGUUAUUCAUUCCCUUUGGUUGUUUGUGGGUUUUGUGCCCGCGGACGUGCACCCUUGUUGGUGGGGAUAACAUGCUAUGGCGCAUGUACGCACGGUACAAGUAUUGUUUUCGGUUAGCAUGUAUGAGUUUUCGCACGCGUCUGUACGACGGUGCGGUUGAUCCUAUGUUAAGUGAUUUGCUAUGAGAGAUUCCAUGUUAUAACGCGCUUGAGUUUACCUGAUUCUGGAGGCAGAAUCAGUCGAUGGAUGU